UGACAAGCAACACUCAAGCAAGUCUUGUCUGUGCAUGGACGACAAACGUAGGAACGUAAUAAAUCGGUGUCUCCUAGGAAAUAUUAUUGAUGUCUUAGAAACUUCAGGACGAGCACUAUAUUCAUUAUGUUGAGAGUAUGAAAUAGAAGUUACGAGGUGCAAUAAAGUAUACGUAAAAGAUGUUAUCAAGUAAGGUCCAUUGUGGAACUCGGGUUGGCCAUGGAUGCUAAGGACUCGCGGGCUGAGGCAGCGCUGACGGAACGUAGCAACGAUGGCGGCGCUAAGUUCGCGCUCCAGUACGACAGGAGCAGGAGUCACGACGCCGGAGCGAGCGCAUUCAAGGGGGACACGGCGGGCGUGCGCCCGUGCGCCGUCAUAGGCCCCGACCGCGUCGUGCCGCCCUCGCGGGACGGCCCCAAGAAGACGCCAGCCGAGCCAUGGCUCGCCCCCGACUCUAUCUACCGGCGCAUGCCUGAUUACCCUUACAAGAUGCCCGACCACAAGGACCCCACAAGAAACAUAUCACCAAGACAGACAUUCCAAGAAAAUAUGCAGCGCAUUAUCAUGCCACCUGGUUAUAAUUCAACUAAACUGCAUGAAGAUUCCCCAUUUGCAGCCAAGAAUACAAAGUUGAAUGUGCCCACUGAGGGAAAGUAUUGUGAAGUGCCUUAUAAUAUUAAUCAAGUAAGUAGUGACCAAAGACAUAUUAGGAAUGUUGAUCAUAGUGCGUCAAAUGUAAACCAAUUGCUUAUGAGAGGAGUGCCUCAUGCGUGGCCUGCCGGUAGUGUACAUGUACGCCCACUGAGGACAUAUGGUGCUCCGGAAGUGCUGCCAUAUCCAGACUACACCAACUGUACUGGUCCCCGGCCAGUGCUUACCAGGACUCAUGAAGAACAACUCUAUCCGGAUCCCUAUUACCACGAGGGCAACAUACGCUUCAAACCCUAUCCCAACAUCAAGGAGAGAUAUCCACAGAGCAGGUAUGAAUAUCUAGGAAAUUACCCAAGUCCUUACCAUCCCCACAAUCCCUUUGCUCAUAAAUAUGAAUUACCAAAGACAAUGCCGCCUCAUUCAUAUCCUGGCUAUCCCCAAGUACCCAAAUAUACUGAGAGGAUACCUGAGCCUCUUAUGGAUGGUUACCAAAGGGCCCUCAGUCAACAAGGCAAUUAUGGUGUUCCCAUUCGUAACCCUGUUAUUCAAUCCUCUUAUAGGCCUGUGCCUGGGAACCAUAUGCAAAAUAAAUUGAACCCAUACCCAACAGAUGUGCAACAUAAACCAGUUCCAAACAAACUGCCUUAUGACCCUGCAAGCAAGAUGUACCUUGAUUAUGAUACCCGUUCAAAGGCCUUGCCUUUGCCUGAUAAUUAUUAUCUUAAUGAUGUGCCUAGGCCAUAUCAUGCUAAAAACACUAUUGUUGUACCAAAUUUUGCUUCUUCAAGCAUGCAUGGAGUAAAUGCUCAUCCAUAUUAUAUUAAAGAGAAUAUGUCGUUGAAAAAUUUUGAAUAUCCUCGAUAUAAAAACAUGGAUCCAUCUAUGAUAAAUCAUCCUCUAACAAAACUACCACCUCAGUUUUCGCCCAGCACCUUAGCAAUAUCACCAGCAGAUUCAAAUGCUAGCAAUGAAACAGCACUGACUCAUGGCACUUCUCAAGAAGAUUGUGGAUAUGUAAGCCAAUCCUCAGUGACAAGUGUGAGAAGUAUAGAGAGUCUAAACAGAAUUCCAAUGGAUCCAUAUGGUAGAUAUGACUACAGAUAUGGUCCAAUAGUAAGAGCUUCCCCACCAACCAAACCAGAUCCCAGCAGUAAUCAAGGGUCAAAAUCUAAAAAAGAUAUAAGACAAUUUAUAUCAUCAUGGAGUGAAGGAGAUGAUGAAAAUGCUGAAAACAGUGCUAAAAGAGAUAGUGUUAAGAACAUUACUGAUGAUAAACAUACUUUUAGUAAGCAGUAUGAUAGUGUUAACAAUCAGGAACAACUCUACGUCCUUGGAUUAGUCAAUGUCCCAAGUGAAGAGCUCAGCAAAUAUGAACACAUUCAAAAAGUAUCUAAAUUACCCGAAAAUAUUAAAGGCUAUAACAGUCUUGAAUUGCUCAAUCAAUUUGAAGAGGCCAUAGAAUCUUCAAAUAUUUCCAGUGUUAAACCUCCCACGCCAAGGACAAUACAAAUGCCGUUAAAAAACGUUCCACACAAACAUGAGCCAAUACCACGUGCUUUGUCACCAUUAGAUGUUGAAGCCAAAAUCAGUCAAUCUGUUAUUCAUAAGGAAGUUGGCUGUAAUUUCGAAAUUAAGCCAUGUAGCCCGAAAAUGUUGAAUGUCGAGGUGGCUACACCCAUGCAGAUGCUCAAUGAAAGAGUUAUUGAAAAAGUGGCUAAUCCACAUAAUGUAAAGUCACCUAUAAUUAUACAAGCUUUGGAUGACAACUUAGACCACACUUCACUGAAUAAAACAAUAAAAUGUCCCAUACCAAACACAGCAUCAAGUUGCAAAAUGAUAAACAAUCAACAUCUAUCUAAUUCACCUACCAUUGAUCAUUUAAAAACAAGUUAUACUUUACAAGAUUUAGAAAGUAAUUCAGGUGUAUGUUUGGCUUCUUUACCCAGACUAGACACAGAUAUAGAAUUGAAUUUUCCUGAAGUAAACCAACAAUUUAUCAACGCAAACAAAACAGAUUCGGUCAUAACUACAUCUUUCAGUAAAGAUCUUCCUACCUUGGAUAUUGAUCGGUCUGCUAUUGCCACUACUGAAUGUGAUAUGAAUUAUCAAUAUUCUCCUAAAAUUGAAACUGAAACAGAUUUUUCUCGAUUAAGCAAAUACAGAAAAUUAAAAAGAUGCGUUCCAGAUGAGAAUGAUACAGCACCAGCAAAAGUUCAAGCUACAAGAGUAGAUAGUGUAAUUAUAAAAAAUCCCGAUAACACAAGAAGUUUGGAAGAAACCAAUGAUAAUUGUGGGAGCGGUUUUAAAGAUGACCUUCAAGAAUUUGCUAUGAACUUAGUGUCUCAAACAAAAAAUACAAAACAACAAAAUGAUGUAGAUAAAAUGUUUGACCCUUCUACCAACUCCACUAUCAUCGGUAGAUAUGAUGAUGUUAAAACUAAUUUAACAGGCACUUGUAUGCAUCAAUCAAGUAAUUUAUCAAAUAAACAUUUUAACGUGAAUGAAGAUACCAGCCGUAAUAAUGCUGUCCACGCACAAGGAGAAGAUUGUAAUAUGCACAGUAAAGAUAUUUCAAACCGAUACUUAGAAAAGGCUGCUUUGGACAUUCCAAUGAAUCUGUCACCACAGGCAAGAUAUUCGAUGAUCGAAGUAGACGAAGAAUGCAGAAAUACUGAAAAGGGUGACACAACCACUAUUUUAGAAGAGAAGCAUCAGUUUGCUGUAGGUAAUAUUUGCACGAAGAAACAAAUAAAUAAUGAAGAGAAAUGUAGUAGUGGUGGUAGUGUAGAAAAACCCGACGAUAUUUUAAUGAAUUCACAAAACGAUACAUCUGAUGAACAAUAUUUUAAUACUCGUGAAAAGCCGCUUGCGACUCGAAAUAACCAUAGCAAUUGUCUUACUACUGGGUUAAGCAAAGAAUGCGACAUACGAAAAGAGGAAAAAGGUAAUUCAGUUUCGCAUAUAGAAAAUCAAACUUCAUAUUCUCCAAAAACGGAAAUUGAAACAGAUAAUUCCGUUUCUCAUAUUGAAAAUAAAACUUUCCACAUCACAAAUCCAGAUUUCAAUAAAGAGAAAAAACGUAUUUUUGAAAAUGAAGAAAAGGUUGGUUUGAAUGAUAAAGCACCAGUUAACAGUACAAUAAGCACAAUAGACCGUGUUGAAGACACUUCGGAAAAUAAAAAUGAACCCAAAACCAUGUGUAUCGAUAAAGUAAACAAUGAAGAUACGCAUUAUUUAUUGCAAGGGGAAAAUAAUAUCCUUUCAGAGCAGUAUCGCAAAAACCACGACAAUAUAUCGUAUGUUCCCAAACUAAAGAGAAAGAAAUUUAGGGGUGAGGUCACUCAUCGAAAACGAAGUUACGAAAAUAAGCGCGUAGACAUUGUAGAACACAAUGUUGUAAACAAUAAGGAAAAACAGAUUUUUUUGUUUUCUCCCGAUAAAAAAGAACCUGGAGGACAACUAACACAAUUACAAGCCCAGGUUAUACCAGUAAACGUUAUAGAAGAAGGAAAUAACAAAAGACAAGUUAAUUUGAUGAAUAUAGAAUGUACGAACGUUAAUAUAAAUGAGCCUACAGAAACUGUAGCAAAUAAUGACGUUAUUGAGAACAUUUCGCAUAAUUUACCAGACGAUAUCAAUACCAAUAUGUCAGUUUCAUCUUUGCCUAUCAUAGACAAAUGUUUCGGAAAAAUAUUGGAAACUGUGACGAAAUCACUACAUAAUAAUUUGUCUUUAGAUACUGAUAGUGACACCAAAAAAUUUACUAAAAACUCUGAAAAAAAUAAUCUAAAUUCGGAUAACCCAGUAGUAUUAAACAAAGUUGCUAACAACGAUGCGUUAGAGAUUUCCAGUGUUUUAAUUGAAAAAAAAGAAAAGUCUUUGGCACUCGCAAACGCGAGUAUUAAUUAUGAAGCAAAAGAAUUAAAUACGCCGGUAAAGUACCAUCAAGAUGAAACUUCUCAAAAUCAAUCGAUAGACAUUAAUCUUAAGAACAAAGAUUUUGAUCCAUUGGUUACUUCUGAUAUGAAAGAAAAAGAACUCGAGGAAACAAUAAAACAUUACACUAUGAGCUCUGUUACGAAGAAAGUACAUACGCUCAAUGUGACGGAUCAAUGUGUAGAACACGGCUUAGAAUUGAAUGUAAAUAAAAGUACUAAUUUUGAAAAUGAAAACAAAGAUACUACCACUAACGUACAGAAAACUCAAUAUCAAUUGCAAAAACUAGAAAAUUUUGAAUGUAAAAACGAAGGCCGUCAUGAUGUCCAAAAGCUUAAUAAUAGAGAUAAUCCCAUCUUGGCAGGCUUCGAACAUGAUAACCAAAAGAACUUUUAUCAAGACGAAACAAAAACUAAAAACUUCCCGGCGUGUCAUGCAUUUGUAAAUAAAGAGCUUUUUUCUUCUCGUUUUCAGAACUUACUUUUUUAUAAUGAAAAUUUCGACACCCGUUCUAAUACUGGUGAACACAAGGUAAUUGAUAAACAACCUACCAUGGAUAAUAGUCAUAUGGCCAAUAGUCCAAAAACAGAUGACGUUGAUAUAAAUAUUGAAAAUAAAAUUAGUAGUGACGAAAAUAUUAGGGAUUUGGAUUCGUCUGAUCGAAUCGGAACAAUGGAUGAAGUCGUUACGACUGAGGAAUGUGGUAACGGAAAUCUUGGUGAAGAAAUAUUUAACACCACUUCUUUGGAAAAUAAUAACGUAAGAAAUGGUUCAAAAGACGAGGAUAAUGUUUACAAAAAUUGUAUUCAAAACGAUAAAGAAAGUACUAUGCCAUCGUCAGAAACACGAAUAAAAAGUUUUGAUAAAAAUGGAAUGAAUACUAUCACAGAUACUUUUGAAAAACCGGUGGAUAAUUCGGUUUCUAAGUCUUCUUGCCAAGAAAUAGAUAAAGCAUGGAGAAAAGAUUUACAAAACAUUAGUGGUAAAUGCGGAUCAGAUAUACAAUUCACAAAUACCACUUCUUUGGAAAAUAAUAACGUAAGAAAUGGUUCAAAAGACGAGGAUAAUGUUUACAAAAAUUGUAUUCAAAACGAUAAAGAAAGUACUAUGCCAUCGUCAGAAACACGAAUAAAAAGUAUUGAUAAAAAUGGAAUGAAUACUAUUAUCACAGAUACUUUUGAAAAACCGGUGGAUAAUUCGGUUUCUAAGUCUUCUUGCCAAGAAAUGGAUAAAGCAUGGAGAAAAGAUUUAGAAAACAUUAGUGGUAAAUGCGGAUCAGAUCAGAUCAGAUCAGUAAAUGCACAAUUCACAAAUAAAGAAAGUUUGUCAAAAUCGGUGGACAGCUCCGGUUAUAAGUCACCUGGCCUACAAAACGUUGAUGAAUGUGUAAAAAUAUUUGAAAAUGACAAUGACGAAUGCACAAAUAAAUAUACGUUUCCAAAAUCAGUUGACGAUUCUGGUUAUAAAUCACCUAGCCAAGAAAUGGAAGAUGAAUGUGUUAAGAAUUUAGAAAACAAUAACGGCAACUCAGAUUUACAAUUCAUUAAUAAUGUCGAAAGUGAUGCUUGUGCCACUAAUAUUAUAGUCAUUGAUAAUUCUAUAAGUGUGACACCAGAAGACUGUAACGAGUAUAGUAAAAUUGGAACACCUGUCGAGAAUGAGUUGGAUAAAAAAAUAGAAUCAUUCGUUGAACAUUUAAGUGCUCGGCCACGUUUUUCACUCAAAAGAUCUUUAUCUGACUCUGCUUUAAAUGCAUAUGACGAUGACUUUGACGAGUGUCCAUCAAAAAGAAGUAUGUUGCCCAAAAGACGGAAAAAAAUCUGUGACAUCAGCAAAAUAGACGAAUCCCAUUUACUGAACAUAAUUCAAAGUAGUAGAAGAAAUUCUGUGUCAACACUUAGCAACGAAAAUUUUUCAUUUUGCAUACUGAUAGAUGAUCAUUGCAUUGUCUCUGAAGAAAAUUAUGAACAAGAAAAUUAUAUGCAGUUUGAAAACAAUUUUUCAAACCAUUCGCUUAAAGAUCCUGUAGUAGAUGAAAAAAGUGCAUCUCCAGCAUAUAACUUAGAAGACCAGAACGAAAAUACGUCUGACACAUACAUAACCAAAUAUGAUGAAGAAAAAAUUUGGGUAGAAGACGUUGGCUGUGAAGAAACUAUUGAAACUGAGGAUAUUGCAGAAAAUAUCGUUAUUGGUGAUCCAGCUUCUCCAAAAGAUACGGAUUUAACCGAUUCUGAAUCGGACGAUGAAGACAUGGAUACCUUAAGUACCUUAAGUAAUGAAGACGCAGAUCACACGAGCAAAGUUAAACACAUAUAUGGCGAUAAUAUGUGCACAAACGAUGCUCAAUUAGUUGACGCGUUGUACAGAACGCCUCAAAUGGAUGUUAAUAAAAAACUAAUGGAUAAAGAAUCUCAUACAACCGAGAAAGGUAGUAAAUAUUAUGAUAGCGAUUCAUUAGAAAUGUUAUUAGCUGAACCUGUUGACAAUAUCCCUCGUGCGGUUAUAGAGUCAAAUAUAAACUCUAUUAGCCUACCGAUCCAGCAGAGACCUGAGGCAGCCACAAUGAACAAAGAAAACCUGAAUUCAAAGUGUUUAGAAGUUCUCUCACCUCUUAUGAAUAAUUUAAAAAAUAUACUGACGAUUGAUGCUAUCCCAGAUGAAGAGAAUAUAGAAUCUAUAAAUAAUGUUACGGAGCCAUCUGCUGAUAAUAAUUGUGAUGAUACUCAAGACGGUACAAUACACUCAUGCGAGUCAAGUUUAGACAAUGUUUUCUCUUACGUUGAUAAAAGGACUUCUAGUUCUCCCGAAGUUUCGUCUACUACGUCUGAAGAAAAAAAUUCAAGUAUAUUACUUAAAAUUUCGAACUUUAAAGGUUCACGAAUAUCUGAAGUAAAAAACGUAGGUUCCGAUAAGCAAGAACAUAAUAGCUGCAAACGUACUACCAACGAAUAUUUUAAACCUGAUUACAGCCAUGGUACCACUUCAAAGCGACCAUUGCUCACUAAAGCUGCUCAAAAAUAUAUUCCCCCGCUUAGGGAGUCUAUUCCUGAUCUAAAAGUAAAAUUGGCUUUACCACAACAAAGUCUACUGAAGUUGCAAAAAAACAAAGUAGCCAAAGAAGAACCAAAGUUUAGCACUCGGAAUGUUUAUAAUGAUAAUAACAAUAUUAACCUAAAAAAAGAAAUCCCAAAGAAAAUUAAACCUAAAUUUGAAGAUGUUCUUAAAAAUAUUGAUGAAGCUCAAUUUCAAAUGCACAAAGCAAAGAAUAAAAAAUCUAAAACGUAUAUUCCCAAGGUGGUUAUAAAAAAGUCCGAAAAUGGUUCACAUUAUGCCAGUACUUGCGCAAAAGAAGCAUUUAAUCCAGAUUUGACUGGGAGGAAAUGGCAGCCAUGGGUAUUUAUUGAAAAAAAUAAAUUUAUUGACAACAUGGCACUCAGGAACAAGACAAGGGCUGUGUUCAGUCACAGAAGGAAGUCCUUUGUCUUGGCUGAGAAAUUUUGCAAGUACAAAUCAAUUAGUACUGCAAAAUUUGUCAUAUCCCAACCCAAAUUAAAUGAUUUUUCUACAGGAAAUCUAAAAUACACAAUAAAAUUGAAACAUAGGUAGCUACUAAAGUAAGACUGUUUGGAACUGGUUUUUCAGGGUCUGCAUUACAAAUGUAUCUGCACAUCCACGACUGGAGCCCACCCAAAUUAACAUUCCUUCGAUUCCAAAUUAUUAAUAUUUUAUUUAGUUAGGAUUUUAACCAUUUAGUUCACUACAUUGUGACAAAGCCAAAUUUUCUACAGUGUGAUAUGAAAAAUAAAAUUAUUUAGGUACUGUAUAAUAAUAGAAGUGCAAUUUGAUCUGAUGUGUAAUUUGUUACUGUGUUACAAAGUUUAUUAAAAUUGUUUUUCUUAAAGUCAUUCCAUUUUAUAGCAGAAAUAUAAAAAAUAUCUAUAUUAUAUAUCUGCACUUAGCACUUUAUAAUAAGCCAUAAAUUAGUAUUAAUUGUUUAUUUAUUGUCAUAAUUUAAUAUUGUUUUUAUUAAAAUUUAGUAAGUUAUAUAUAGGUAUGUAUAAAGGUUUAGGUUUGUUAAUAAGUACCUACUGUUUUAUGAUUGUAUAGUGUUGCAGGAAUUUGUAUCAUAAACAUUAAAUAACAGUUGUGGAAUAUAAACCGUAA